AUGCUCAAGGUACCAACUAAUGCUAGAUGGACACAGAAUGGUGUGACUGUUGCUGGAGGUAAUCGGUCAGGCAGUGCCACCUAUCAACUCUCCGGACCUUUCGGUGUCUUUGUUGCUGACGAUCAAACAAUAGUUAUUGCUGAUAGUGGAAAUCAUCGUGUCAUCGAAUGGAAGACGAAUGAAAACAUUGGAAAAGUAGUUGCUGGUGAUAAUGGUCUAGGAAAUCGAUUGAAUCAAUUGAAUUUUCCUACAGAUGUAUUGAUCGAUAGAAGGACAGAUAGUCUUAUUAUUUGUGAUCGAGAUAAUCGACGAGUCGUCCGAUGGUCUCGUCGUCAUGGUACAACUCAAGGAGAAAUUCUCAUCGAUAGCAUUGCAUGUAAUGGAUUGGCUAUGGACGAUCAAAAAUAUUUGUACAUUUCUGACUACAAAAAGCAUGAAGUUAGACGAUAUCGAAUGGGCGAUAAAAAUGGCAUUCUAGUAGCUGGUGGCAACGGCCGAGGUGAUGAACUUAACCAGCUCAGUGGGCCCACGUCUAUCUUUAUUGGUCGACAACAGACUGUCUACGUGUCAGACAAUGGAAACAAUCGUGUAAUGAAAUGGAUUAGAGGUGCAAAAGAAGGCAUUAUUGUUGCUGGAGGUCAAGACGGAGGGGAUACUCUGAGACAAUUAUAUUGGCCUAAUGGACUAUUCGUUGAUACGUUCAAUACUCUAUAUGUGGCAGACUCAGGAAUCAUCGUGUGA